AUGGGCAUCCCUGGGGAAGCAGGCUCUCCUAGGGCAGCCAUGGCCCCACAGGCAGGCCCCCUCCUGAGGCCAGGCCUGUGUCUCCAGGAUGCUCACCACCUCAGGGCCGCCUUGUUCCCUGUGUUGAAGAUGCCCCCAGAUGAAGGCAGGCUGGUCUCCCCUGGGCACUGUGCACCCACUCUCGUCUUUCUCCCCCACUCCGCUCAUGUUGUGAAUGUUGUAACUCGGGCAUUAGUUUCUGUGUACAGGGUCAGGGUUCUCAGCUCCCUGCAGUGGCCAGCAGGUCAGGGCACAUGUCCCUGUCCUGUUUCCUGGUCCCUGCAGGGCCGGCUGGCCUAG